GAAGUCUGGCAGGUGGUGCUGUGCAACGAGAAGUCAGAGUGUCUUGGGAAGGGAGUCCGUUUGGAAGUUGGAGAAUCAUCCUCAGGACGUGCAACACACCGCGGCGGUUGUGUGGGUUACUGUCUAGUGUCGAGGGGUUCCGGGCUGGCGACCACGGAAAGGGUUCAAGAAAAAAGAUCUUGACGUCCAAGGUUGCCAGCAUUGUUGAGGGAGAAAGCUCGGGGGGAACCAGCAUCUUCACAUUCAGUCGACAACCCAUCCAAUUCCCUCUAUCAGUCGUCGGUCCCCAGACUCAAUUGUCAUUCAACUCCAAGGCCGUCAUUCUAAAAAAAAAAUCAUCAGCGAGCCCAGCCUUUCGCCAACCAUGGCAUCAACAGUAACGAGCGAUUCACUCGUCUACGACCGCUCCCGCGGCAUUGGCGGCGACGGCGGCGUCGGCGUCGAGCGAGUACACAAGUACCACUGGCCAGCCAUCCAGCUCAACGUGUGGAUGCUCAUCAUGCUUAUUGCGGCUUGCACCAUUAUCGGCGUAUUUGCGACGUUUAUUGAUGUGCAAAACAUCCUCCUGCUACCUGUACCAUGGUACUUCCCCUACUUCAUCACCGUCUCGUCUCUCACGAUCCUCUUUAUCGCUUUUCUCCUCGCCCUCAUCUUCCAGCGCCGCUUGCUUCCGUCCAUCGUCAUGAUCGGCGGCUUUAUCCUGUUCGUCCUCUGGCUGGUGGGAUUGAUCGUCAUUAGCGUGCAGCUCUGGGGUCCCAACGGCAGCGUCAAUUCGAAUUGCAAUUCGUUUGUCUUUGGCGCCGACCCGCAACCGACGGGCCAGACUCUCGUCACACUCGCCUGGCUGGAGCAGAGGAGUAUUUGCCAGAGUUGGUAUGCGGUUUUCUCGUUUGCACUGGUCGGGACGGUGUUUUUGGUGUGGAUUAUGGUCAUUGCUUAUCAGGUUUUUGCUGAUGAUAGAAGGUAAGGGGGAGGGAGGUAAGCCAGGUGGGUGAAAAGGAGGUCUGGGAUGUUUUUGUUAUGACGCGAGCGAGCUAUGGUGGUUUAUUGCACACGUUUGUGUUUCUCGGGCGCUCGAUACAUAGGUAAGGUAAGAAUUGGAGGUGGGAUGAUGACGAA